UUAAAAAUGCCAUUUUCACAUCAUAGCCAUUCAGGUCAAUUUUGUGAACACGCAAAAGGAAAACUUGAAGAAAUUGUUAUAGAAGCCAUUAAAAAAAAGUUUUUGGUUUACGGAUUGUCUGAACAUUGUCCUAGAUAUAGAGUACAAGAUUUAUAUCCUGAAGAGUCACAUCUUCAACCAUCAGACCUGUCCAAAACCUUUUCCGAAUUCGUAAUAGAAGCACGUCGACUUCAAGACAAAUAUAAAUCACAGAUAACUUUAUUAGUUGGUUUAGAAUCGGAAAAUAUAACAAGUUCAUCGACUACCGAAAUUAAAAAUUUAAUUUCUCAAUAUAAUCUUGAUUAUUUGGUCGGAUCUGUUCAUCAUGCUCAUGAAACACCAAUUGAUUUUGAUUUAGAAACUUUCGAAAUUGCACUUUCAAAAUCUGCUAAUCUUUUUGAAAGUAAUGUUAAUUCACUCGAAGAAAGUUUAUUUGCAUCAUAUUUUGAUUCUCAAUACCAAUUAUUAAAAGAUCUUAAACCAAUGGUGGUUGGCCAUUUUGAUGUUAUUCGAAUAUUUAGGCCAAACUUUGAAUUAACAGAUUUUUUGUUUAAGAAAAUUGAGAGAAAUAUAGAGUUCGUUAUGGAAUAUGGCGGAUUGUUUGAAAUUAAUACUGCUGGGUUUAAGAAAUUACAAUGUGCCUAUCCUCAAAGAGAUAUUCUUAAGUUGAUAAUAGAAAAAGGUGGAAAAUUGACAAUUUCUGAUGACUGUCAUAGUCCUCAAUCUGUUGGCAUGAAUUAUCACAAACUUUAUGAUUAUUUAAAAGAAUUCAAUAUCAAUGAAUUAUAUUAUUUAGAUAUUGAUCUUGAGAAGCCUAAACAGGAUAGAAAGGUUGUUGUAAAGUGUUGUUACAAUGGAAUGGUUGUUCGAUCUUCAGCUAUGAUAAAAAAACAUGCUCAAUCUGCAGAUAUUGAAGAUUAUCCUAAUACAGUUCAAGAAAGUGGAAUAAAAGAACUUGAAAUAGGAGAACCCAAAAAUGAAAUAGUUGAAGAUAAUGAACUUAUUGUCUCUUGUAAUAUUGAAAAAACAGAACUUGAUGAUUUAUUGCAAAGGCUUAAAGAGUUACAAUAA